AUGCUCCGAGUCUGGGGUGGAGGCAUCUACGAAACGGGUGAUUUCUUUGAUGCCUGUGACGAGUAUGGCAGCCUUGUCUGGCACGAUUAUGCUUUCGCUUGUGGAGACUAUCCCAUUCCUCAGGAAUGCCUUGAUAGUAUUAAAGCCGAAGCCGAAGCUCAAAUGAUUCGGCUGCGUAAUCACGCAUCGCUGGCCCUGCUCUGUGGAGGCAAUGAGAACUUCAUGCUCUGUGACUAG